AUGGCCUUGGGUCCCCCCUUGCCCCAUGUGGAGCGAUUUCAGGUGGUGUGGCCCCAGCGCCUGCCAACACCCAGAGCCCGCAGGGCCCUGCCCUCCCACUGGAGCCAGUACCCAGAUAGUGUGAGCUACAUUCUUUCCCAUGGAGGGCACAACUUCACCCUGCAUCUUCGGAAGAACAGGGAACUGCUGAGCUCAAGGUACACAGAGACCUACACGGCCGCCAAUGGCUCCGAGGUGGUGGAGCAGCUGGGAGGGCAGGAUCACUGCCUCUACCAGGGACAUGUGGAGGGACAGCAGGGUUCAGCUGCCAGUCUCAGCACCUGUGACGGCCUCAGGGGCUUCUUCCAAGCAGGCUCAGCUGUCCACCUGAUCGAGCCCCUCAAGGGGGAGGAGGAGGGCCCACAUGCCCUAUACCUGCCGCAGCACCUAAAGCAGAAACGAGGCACCUGUGGUGUUAGCAAUGAGCGCCUGGAACGCAUCCUAGGGCCGAGGGUUGCAGCGGCCUUCAGGCCCCGAAAUCGACCAGUGAUCCCAGAGCCUCGGCACGUGGAGCUGUAUGUGGUCACCGACAGCAUUGAGUUCCAGAAGUUUAAGAGCCGGGAGACGUUGCGUGCGCGAGUGCUGGAGGUGGUGAACCAUGUGGACAAGCUGUACCAGGAGCUUGGCCUCCGCGUGGGUCUGGUGGGCUUGGACAUGUGGAGCAGUGACAAGAUCCUCAUCAGUUCCAACGCCGAGGUCACACUGAAGAGCUUCCAGGCCUGGCGGACGCGGGAGCUUGUGGGACAACAUUCCCAUGACAACGCUCAGCUCAUCACGGGGAUCGACUUCGACGGCACCACUGUGGGCCUGGCCUCUCUGGCCUCCAUGUGUUCCCAGAGGACUUCGGCAGGCGUGAACCAGGACCACAGCCAGAGCCCCCUUGGUGUGGCAAGCACCAUUGCCCACGAGAUGGGCCACAACCUGGCCAUGGACCACGACGAGAACAUCGACACCUGCUACUGCGCCGUGCCGCCCUCUAGUGGCGGCUGUGUGAUGGCGGCCAGCCUCAGCUUCGAGUUACCCAAAAAGUUCAGCCAGUGCAGCCGCUCAGUCUACGAGUCCUUUGUGGAAACUCCGCAGACAGAGUGCCUGCGAGGCAUGCUGAACCCCAACCUGCUGGUCAGCGACCCCGUGUGUGGGAACAAGCUCCUGGAACGUGGAGAGCAGUGUGACUGCGGCUCAGCCCAGGAGUGCCAAAACCCCUGCUGUAACGCCACCACCUGUAAGCUGACCAAAGGAGCCGCGUGUGCCCAGGGCGCCUGCUGUGACCAGUGCCAGGUGAAACCAGCUGGACAUUCGUGCCGUAGCCCCAAGGACGCAUGUGACCUCGAGGAGUACUGUGAUGGCCAACGGUCUGAGUGCCCAGAGGACGUUUUCCAAGAGAACGGCUCACCUUGCUCAGGGGGCUACUGCUACGACGGGGCCUGCCCCACACUGGACGAACGGUGCAGCAAGCUGUGGGGGUCAGGUGCCCAGGUCGCUGUGGAUACGUGCUACACCUAUAGCCUUACCAUGAGCUGCCAGGGCCAGAACCACCCCAAAGGCGGCGUUGACCUGUGUAGUACCCUGUACUGCCAGGGGGGGCAGAAGCCUCAGGAACGGGGCUCGUGUGUCAUGAAGCCCAGCGGUGCUCGCUGUCAGGCCCUGCUCACAGAAGACGCCACUGCCUAUGAGCGUGUGCCCACGGGCACUAAGUGUGAUGAGGGCAAGGUUUGCUGGAAAGGAAGCUGCCAGGAUCUGCAGGUUUACCGGUCGGACAACUGCUCUGCCAAGUGCUACGGCCACGGGGUAUGCAACCAUAAGAACAAAUGCCACUGCCAACCGGGCUGGUCACCACCCAACUGUGCCAAGGCCGCCAGCUCUGAUGUGCAGACAGCGUCCGGGGGCGUGUCCACAGAAGUCCUGGUGGGUGUGGCCUUGUUACUGCUGGCAGUGGUGUUCCUUCUGGGAGGCUUCAUCUUCUACCGCAGACACAAGAGGAAUGCGACCACGAAGACGGCCAUGGGGCUCGAAAACCCCGUGUUCCACAAGGGGAGCAGUGGUGCACUAGGGAAGAGCAGUGCUGUGGCCCCCAAAGCCUCCCCUUCCCAGGCCCCAAGACCCUCGGCUUCCAUGGUGACCCCGAAGCAGCCACCCCCUCUUGUAAACAGCAUGUCCCCCGUGGGUUUACGCCCUGCCACCACAGCCAGCCAGCCUGUCCCGGUUCCCGUGUACACGAGGCACCAGGAGCUAGAGCAGGUGAGCCGAAAUGCUCGGCCCUGGGAGGCAAAGUUUGGGUGGCUGGUUUCGGGGCCCAUCUGGGAGGUGCUGAUUGGUGAAGCUCAGGCCGGCCCCUCCUACCAAACCCCUCCCGGAGCUGAAGCCUCAGCAGGCACCAUCCCGCAGUCCUGGGCUUACCUCUGCCUGUCCCUGAGGGCAGGGUGGAAUAGGUCCCUGCUGAGAAACCCAGCCUCCCGGCACUCUGGUUUCGUCAUCAGUGGCCCCCCACAGCCCUGUGGGAAGUGUCUCAAAGGCCCAGGGGGUGGGACAGCAUGUUUGCCUCGUGGUGGGCACCUGGCCCGGCUGCUUCCAGCAAUAGGGCAGGAAGAGCCUGGGGCUUUCUCCUGCAGGGCCUGGCACGGGUUCCAGCUGGCCACGUCCCUGUCCAUCCGUUGCGGUUACCCAAGGGUGUUUCUGUGGGAGAGUGCUCAGCGGAAGACUCAGGCGGCUUUGGAGCAGAGCCAGGAGCUAGGGGAGCGUUAUAGCAGGGACGGGCACAGGACAGCUCCACCCACCAAGCCCAGUGCUGGAGGACCCUCUCCCUUCCAAGCCACCAGACCUACCACUGGGCCCCCCGCGCCACCUGCCAAGCCCGGUGCUGGAAAGCUCAAGCCUGCUCCAACUCAGGACUAUGCUAACCUCCUCACCAGCACCACCCCGAUCCUGGCCCAGACUGGGCUGGCAGCUCUUGGCAAGCAGAUUCUGCAGUCAGGGCCCAGACCUGCUGAGCCCCUGGCCACUUCAACUGCGCAAAACCCACCCUCAGCCUGUGUCACUGUCCCACUCUCAGAAAUGGGCCCCUGCUAG